AUGGACAAUGAUGAACCUCUUGAGCCUGAGACAAAAGAUGAGGGUGACACUGUGUCAGCAUCGCAGAGCAGUGACGAAACACUCUACUGUGAGGCUGAAGCCCCCACGGUUGUCGAAAAAGAGAAGCCGGGCCAGGAGAGCUCAGAAACAGACCUCGAGAUUGAAGAUACUGAGAAAUUGUUCACCACUGGACAGAAGGAGCUGUACCUGGAAGCAUGCAGACUGGUGGGCGUCGUGCCUGUGUCCUACUUCAUCCGGAACAUGGAGGAGCCCUACGUGAACCUCAACCACCAUGGGCUGGGCCACGGUACCAAAGCUAUUGCUAUAGCCCUGGUGUCCAACACGACUGUUCUCACGCUGGAGCUGGCAGACAACUGUAUCAUGGAGGAGGGUAUCUUGAGCCUGGUGGAGAUGCUACAGGAGAACUACUACCUCCAGGAGAUGAAUAUUUCCAACAAUAAUCUUGGUCUGGAGGGGGCCAGAAUCCUCUCCGAGUUCCUCCAGAAUAACACCUCUUCACUCUUUAGUCUUCGGCUUUCAGGAAAUAACUUCAAGGAAGAAUCUGCAGAGCUGUUCUGCCAAGCCCUAUCGGUCAACUACAGAAUUAGGACCCUGGAUCUCAGUCACAACCAGUUGUCUGAUAAGGCAGGAGAGUACCUGGGACAGAUGCUGGCUCUCAACAGUGGGCUCCAGUCACUGGAUCUGAGCUGGAACCACUUCUGCAUCCAUGGAGCAGUGGCCUUGUGCAAUGGUCUUCGGGUUAACGUGGCCCUGAAGAAACUGGAUCUCUCCAUGAACAGCUUUGGGAACGAGGGGGCUUCGGCCCUAGGGGAGGUUCUCAGACUCAACAGCUCCCUGGCCUACCUAGAUGUCAGCUGCAACGACAUCAGUAAUGAAGGGAUCACCAAACUCAGCAAAGGCCUGGAGGUGAAUGAAAGCCUCAAAGUUCUGAAGCUUUUCCUGAACCCUAUAAGUAUGGAUGGGGCUCUUUUACUUAUCCUGUCCAUCAAGAGGAACCCCAAAUCCAAGAUGGAAGAUAUCGACAUUUCUAACGUGCUGGUGUCCGAGCAGUUUGUGAAAACAUUGGACAGUGUGUGCGCCAUCCACCCUCAACUGGACGUGCUGUACAAGGCGGUGCAAGGCCUCUCUAUCAAGAAAACCCUCUUCACAUGGACAAACCCCAUGAAACUGAUCCAGAGCUACGCGGAGCAACAGAAAAUCUCAGUCCUGGACUUCUUCAGGAGCUUGAACCCUAGUGGAGAGAUGAGGAUGCCUGUGGGCGAGUUCCGGAAAGCUAUGAUACAGCAGAACAAGGUCCCUAUAAAUCGGUACCAAGUCAGGGAGCUGAUGAAGAGGCUGGAUGAGAAGACGGGCAUGGUGGACUUCAGGUCAGCCCGGGCCCCGCGUGGGCUGCCUUCUACCCUGAGCCAGCCCGCAGUUCUCUCCAAGGCGCCUUAG